AUGCGGCUCUUUUUCAUCCGCCACGCCGAGUCUGUUAAUAACGUCGCCAGCCAACAUACUAAUGUCAUUAACUCGCCCCUAACGACACAUGGCGCCGUCCAGGCCCACCGCUUAGCGGAUAGGCUAGCUAAAGACGCCGUGAUUUCACAUGUCUUCUCGUCUCCGCUGACGUGCUGCGUAAGGACAGCGGAAGCUAUUAGCGACGCUCAGAAUAAGGUCCGGGGAAGGAGCUUGAACGCUAUUCAACUCUGGGAGCUCCAGGGACGGGAAGAUACUGAGAGCGGCCAAAAGAGCACCGAUGCUCGUUCAAGCCGCCCCAAGGACCAGUUAUCCAUUGACAAUUCAGAUUGGAUGCACGAAAUGAGACUCAAGGCAAAUUAUUUCACGGAUAACUACCUUAUUCCGCUCCUCUGUUGCGACGACGAAAACGAAAUGGCUUGCGCAAUUGUCACACAAGGCAACGAGCUAAAUGUUCUCGCAAAGGCGUUCUUUGACAGAAUUCCACGCGGCGACAUCAUUCUACCUCCAGAUCCAGAGAAACAAGGUCUAAUUAUAGACUCUUCUCUAGUUGUAUUCCCACCUUGGGCUAUUACAGGCGUUCUCGACGUUAUCGUCUCUCCUCGAAGCGAUUCCACAGUUGUACAGCAGCCGACCCCGAAACUACCAUUUCAAGCAGAUAUUAGGCGCGUUAAUUGUAGAUCUCACCUUGAAAAGUUGCAAAAGGCUCGCGGUGGAGUUGGUAGCGCGCCAUUUGACGAGAAACAGCGCACAAUACAUAAUUUCUUCACUCCCCUUCCACAGACACCUAGGCCAGACGAUCUUAAUAACUGA